UCACACUGGCAGGUACACGUCGAAAACAAACAGACGACGUUUUUUAUUUAAAACCAAAAUCAAGCGCAAUGCAAUAGUCGCCGUGUGCCGGAAAGCCUAGCAGACCCGCAGACCAGGCCACCAGCUCGCUAGCUACCAGGCCCCGCACUUGCCACCGCUUCGAUUUGCGGCCGAAUCCGCAACGGGGGACUUGAGUGCCGCCACGAGAGCAAGGCAAGGGCCGUGAUUCCCACGGACAAAACAGAACAGAAUGCUGGGCGGCAAGCGGACGGGAUCGCGGCACGUAGCCGUAGUGCUGCUGAUGUGCUUGUUCUGGUAUGUGAUCUCCUCCAGCAACAAUGUGAUCGGCAAGAUGGUGCUGAACGAGUUCCCCUUCCCGAUGACCGUAACGCUGGUGCAGCUGUGCAGCAUAACGCUGUAUAGCGGCCCCUUCUUCAAUCUGUGGCGCAUCCGGAAGUACCAGGAGAUACCGCGUCCUUACUUCUACCGGCUGAUUGUGCCCCUGGCUGUGGGCAAGCUGCUCGCCUCGGUCACAUCGCACAUUUCGCUGUGGAAGGUCCCCGUUUCCUAUGCGCACACAGUUAAAGCCACAAUGCCACUAUUCACCGUCGUCCUUACGCGCCUCUUCUUUGGCGAGAAACAGCCAACGCUCGUGUACCUGAGCCUGCUGCCCAUCAUAACGGGCGUGGGCAUUGCCACCGUCACGGAGAUCUCCUUCGAUAUGAUGGGUCUGAUCAGUGCCCUCAUCUCCACGAUGGGCUUCUCCAUGCAGAACAUUUUCUCCAAGAAGGUCCUCAAGGAUACCAACAUCCAUCACCUGCGAUUGCUGCAUCUGCUUGGCAAGCUAUCGCUGUUCAUCUUCCUGCCCCUUUGGCUGUAUAUGGACAGCUUUGCUGUCUUCCGCCACAAUGCAAUCAAAAACCUGGACUAUAGAGUGAUUGCCCUGCUCUUUGCGGACGGCGUGCUCAAUUGGCUGCAGAACAUCAUCGCCUUCAGUGUCCUCUCGCUGGUCACACCGCUCACGUACGCGGUGGCCAGCGCCUCGAAGCGAAUAUUCGUCAUAGCCGUUUCGCUGCUAAUUCUGGGCAACCCCGUAACGUGGAUCAACUGCCUGGGCAUGACACUGGCCAUUGUCGGCGUUCUGUGCUACAAUCGGGCCAAGCAAAUAACCAAGGGACGAGAGGCACCCACGUUGCCGCUGUCCCAGAGCUCGCACAUUAAGUACCAGCCGCUGGAGCAGCAAACGGAUCCCUAUUACCGGGGCUCUGUCAACGGAAAGCUAUCCAAUGGUCUGCACCGGGCGACGACAAUGACGCCGAGCAAUAGCCUGCUGGCGAAUGGCAGCGGAAUGCCAAGCGGUACGGCUGCCACGCGGCUACUGUUUGUGUAGUUUGUAGUUUAGUGAAUGACGUACACCCCGGACUCUCUCCAUCGCUCCCUUUCUCCUCCUCGCCGUCUCUCUCUCUCACUCUGUGUCUCCCUUUCUCUCUAUCCAUCUCCCCUUCUCUCUUCGAAAUGUAUGUAAAGUGUACAUAUGUAUUUGUUUAGCUUGUAACUAAACGUUGUUCCUUAUCAGACCAUCUCCCAGAGAGCAAGCGCUUAUCUUAAUCGCUCUUUUGGAAGCUGAAAGAUUGAUGAAAGAGCGUUAGAAGAGGCGCUCAGCUGGGGAACAGCAACUUGUUUUCUACAAGCUCUAUGUAUUAUACACAGCUGACUAAAGAGGCACAACUUUAAAGGCAGUAAAAAAUAAUAUUAAGUAAAAUCCAACUUGACGAAGAAUGAGAGUUAAACCCUAAUGUUUACCUUUAAGUUGAACAUAAAAUUAGCUUGAUUUGCAUUUUCUUUUCCUCAACUUUGUAAUUGAAAUUGAAAAUGGAGAAAUACGACUACGUUUUUAAGUGAAUUUCGAAAAAGGUGCUAAGUAAAACAAACGAAAAAAAUAGAAAGAGACUAUCGAUGAAAACAAAACGAUUUACAAGAAAUUAAAACAACUGGCAAGUCGAAUUUAUGUGCGCUUGUUGUGCCUCUUCAGUUGGCCCAAAAUGCAAAUUGUAUUUUUGAUAAUAGAGAUAGAGGCGCAACUGUGUUUGUAAAUAAGUAUUUUGUGUGUCCGCCCGAUUUCCAUAUCCCCCUCUUUCCCUAUCCCUUGCCCCUACCCCGCUAGUUUCGAAUUUGUUUUUGAAUUUCGAAUAAGCCGAAAAGUGUAUUCAGAAUAAAAUUGUUGACCAUGUACAUAGGCACAGAUAGCAAAUGCAAAU